AAAAACCAGAGACCGGUUCCGGUUGCAUCAGCGUGGGAUUCUCGGCGAAAUGAGAUUGUUCGUCUGCGAGGGCGCCCCGGGGAGCCUGCCGGUGUUGGCGGCCGCCGGGAGGGCCAGGGAUAGGGCGGAGCUGCUCAUCAGCACCGUCGGCUCCGAAGAGUGUGUGGUCCCGUUCCUGACCCGACCUAAGGUUCCUGUCUUGCAGCUGGAUAGUGGCAACUACCUCUUCUCUAGUAGUGCGAUCUGCCGGUACUUCUUUCUGUUAUCUGGCUGGGAGCAAGACGACCUUACCAACCAGUGGCUGGAAUGGGAAGCAACAGAGCUACAGCCAGCUUUGUCUGCUGCCCUGUACUGUUUGGUGGUUCAAGGCAAGAAAGGGGAACAUGUUCUUGGCCCACUUCGGAGAGCCCUGACUCACAUUGACUACAGCUUAAGUCGUCAAAACUGUCCUUUCUUGGCUGGGGACACAGAGUCUUUAGCUGACAUUGUUUUGUGGGGAGCAUUGUACCCAUUGUUGCAAGACCCAACUUACCUUCCUGAGGAGCUGGGUGCCCUACAUAGUUGGUUCCAGACACUGAGUACCCAGGAACCAUGUCGGCGCGCUGCAGAGACUGUGCUGAAACAGCAGGGUGUCCUGGCUCUCCGCCCAUACCUCCAAAAACAGCCACAGCCACAGUCCCAUCCUCCUGAGGGGAGGGCUGUCAGCAAUGAACCUGAGGAGGAAGAGCUGGCUACCCUGUCGGAGGAAGAAAUUGCCAUGGCUGUGACUGCUUGGGAGAAGGGCCUGGGAAGCUUGCCUCCACUUCGGCCCCCACAGAAUCCAGUGUUACCUGUGGCUGGAGAAAGGAAUGUGCUUAUCACGAGUGCCCUCCCUUAUGUGAACAAUGUCCCUCACCUUGGAAACAUCAUUGGUUGUGUACUCAGUGCUGAUGUCUUUGCCAGGUACUCUCGCCUCCGCCAGUGGAAUACUCUCUAUCUGUGUGGAACAGAUGAAUAUGGUACAGCGACAGAGACCAAGGCUAUGGAGGAGGGUCUAACCCCACAGGAAAUCUGUGACAAGUAUCAUAGAAUCCAUGCUGACAUCUACUGCUGGUUUAAUAUCUCAUUUGAUACUUUCGGUCGUACCACCACUGCACAGCAGACCAAAAUCACCCAGGACAUCUUCCAGAGGUUGCUAACACGAGGUUUUGUGCUACAAGAUACUGUGGAGCAGCUGCGGUGUGAGCAAUGUGCUCGUUUCCUGGCUGACCGCUUUGUGGAGGGAGUGUGUCCCUUCUGUGGGUAUGAAGAGGCCCGGGGUGACCAGUGUGACAAGUGUGGCAAGCUCAUCAAUGCCAUUGAACUCAAGAAACCUCAGUGUAAAGUCUGCCGGUCUUGCCCUGUGGUAAAGUCCUCCCAGCAUCUGUUUCUGGACCUGCCUAAGCUGGAAAAGCGACUGGAGGAGUGGUUGGGGAAGACAUUGCCUGGCAGUGACUGGACACCCAAUGCCCGGUUUAUUAUUCGUUCUUGGCUUCGGGAUGGCCUCAAGCCUCGCUGCAUAACCAGAGACCUCAAAUGGGGAACCCCUGUGCCCUUAGAGGGUUUUGAGGACAAGGUAUUUUAUGUCUGGUUUGAUGCCACUAUUGGCUACCUGUCCAUCACAGCCAACUAUACAGACCAAUGGGAGAGAUGGUGGAAGAAUCCAGACCAAGUGGACCUUUACCAGUUCAUGGCCAAAGACAAUGUUCCCUUCCAUGGCUUAGUCUUUCCUUGUUCAGCCCUAGGAGCUGAGGACAACUACACCUUAGUCAGGCACCUCAUUGCUACAGAGUACCUGAACUAUGAAGAUGGGAAAUUCUCUAAGAGCCGGGGGGUGGGAGUGUUUGGAGACAUGGCCCAGGACACAGGGAUCCCUGCAGACAUCUGGCGCUUCUAUCUGCUAUACAUUCGACCCGAGGGCCAGGACAGUGCAUUCUCCUGGACAGACAUGCUGAUCAAGAACAAUUCUGAGCUGCUUAACAAUCUGGGCAACUUCAUCAACAGAGCUGGCAUGUUUGUGUCUAAGUUUUUUGGGGGCUGUGUGCCCAAGAUGGUGCUUACUCCUGAUGAUCAACGCCUACUGGCCCAUAUCUCCUUGGAGCUCCAGCACUAUCACCAACUGCUGGAAAAGGUUCGGAUCCGGGAUGCCUUACGCAGUAUCCUCACUAUAUCACGACAUGGCAACCAGUACAUUCAGGUGAAUGAGCCUUGGAAACGGAUUAAAGGCAGUGAGGCUGACAGGCAACGGGCAGGCACAGUGACAGGCUUGGCAGUGAACAUAGCUGCUUUGCUAUCUGUUAUGCUACAGCCUUACAUGCCCACAGUUAGUGCCACCAUCCAGGCCCAGCUACAGCUCCCACUUCAGGCUUGUGGUAUCCUUCUCACAAACUUCAUUUGUACCUUACCAACAGGGCACCAUAUUGGCACGGUCAGUCCUCUGUUCCAAAAGUUGGAAAAUGACCAGAUUGAAAGUUUGAGGCAACGCUUUGGAGGGGGCCAGCUAGAAGAGUCUUUGGAGUUAAAGGCUAAAGUAUCCCCCAAGCCAGCAGUAGUAGAGACUGUUACAACAGCCGGGCCACAGCAUAUACAAAUGCUGAUGGAUGAAGUGACUAAACAGGGCAACGUUGUCCGAGAACUGAAAGCACAAAAGGCAGACAAGAACCAGGUUGCUGCAGAGGUGGCUAAACUCUUGGAUCUAAAGAAACAGUUGGCACUAGCUGAGGGGAAACCCAUUGAAACUCCUAAAGGCAAGAAGAAAAAGUGAGCAAACUUGUUCAUAGAAAGUCAACUUUACUGGAUAUGGACAGUAAUAAAGAAUGUACAAUGUGUAUAUAUA